CACCCGACGUACAACCCCUUCCUCAUAAGCUUCAUAGACGCGUUUCCAUCACGGCGUUCUUCUGCAAUGUUAUGGAAGGGUGCUGACAAAUCCACAAAAAUCACAGAUCAAAUGGAAAACCUUCCAAGCGACGAGGAAACCGAGUUGGGAAUUUCUCUCUGAUCGAUGCCAGGGAAUCGAAAUAGAGGACGAAAAGGAAGAUGCGGCACACAGAAGCAGACAGCCAUUACAGACUAUAAUCCAUCCCUGCCUGAAGAUGGCCGACUACAACAUGACGUUUCUACCCGAGGAGGCAGAAAUGUCCACAUCAGGCUACAGCGCCAACAUGACCUCCAUGAGUGAGCCACUGGCCUUCGGUACGGUCACAGCGGUGAUCUACAGCAUCGUCUUUAUCGUUGGUUUCCUUGGCAACACGCUAGCCAUCUUUGUGGUGAUCCGCUAUUCCAAGAUGAAGACAGUGACCAACAUGUACAUCCUCAAUUUAGCCUUAGCGGACGAACUGUACAUAUUAGGGAUUCCGUUCCUGGGCACCAGCAGCGUGCUCUCCUAUUGGCCGUAUGGAGACUUCUUCUGCAAGGUGUGCAUGACCGCCGACGCUAUGAGUCAGUUCACUUCGACAUUUUGCCUCACGGUGAUGAGCAUCGAUCGAUAUCUGGCGGUGGUACAUCCGAUCCGCAGUGUCAAGUGGCGGAGGCCGCAGGUGGCGAAGAUCUUCAGCGGGAUGCUGUGGGUGGUGUCCUUUCUGGUGGUGCUUCCGAUCACCAUCUACUCACACGUGCAGGAGGGACUCAAUACCUGCAACAUCACCUGGCCUGAGAUGCAGAACUGGUGGUCCGUUGUGUUUAUCCUCUACACGUUCAUCCUUGGAUUCUUUGGACCGUUGCUGGUCAUUAGCAUCUGCUACCUGCUCAUCGUCAUCAAGGUGAGGUCAGCAGGCGUACGCGCAGGCGUGACCAAGCGGCGUAAAUCGGAGCGAAAGGUGACGCGCAUGGUGGUGAUCAUCGUGCUGGUCUUCGUCCUUUGCUGGAUGCCGUUCUACACCACCAACAUCGUCAACCUGGUCUACAUCAUCCCAGAGAACAACGCCACGGUAGUGGUCUACUUCUUCUUAGUCAUCCUCACCUACGUGAACUCCUGCGCCAACCCCAUCCUUUACGGCUUCCUAUCCGACAAAUUCAACCAGAGCUUCCGGACUGUGCUGUGUUUUCCCAAAACUAAAUGUGUAGCCCACCAGGGGGACGCCGGACACGGGGCACCGCCGGACAAUCGCAGUCCUAUUUUACCAUCCAAUGGCAAUAUACAGCAGGUCCAGAUGGAGGCUAUAGGAAACCCUGAAAAAGUCCUGAACGGCCAGUCAAUGCAAGAAGACGAUGACACGCGGAACUGCAACAAUUAGUCCGUGGAGCUCUGAUUGGCUGACAUUUUCACCAUAAUAUUCAUAAUGGAAUAUACACAUCUUGUGCUGGAAGAUACAGCCAUCGCAAGGGAAAGGGAAAUAAAUAUGUGUUUGUGUUUCCCAUAAGGAUUUUUUUUUGGGAAAGGUUGUAAUAUUAUGUGAAAAGUCCAAAAAAAAAAAAAAAACUAGGGAUGGCCGAUAGUGGAUUUUUUACCAAAAAAUUAUAUGCCGAUAUGGUCCAACUUUCAAUUUCCGAUAUCAAUUUUAUGCUGAUAUCGCACAGCCCUAGUAUUUACAUUAUUUUAAAAAUUAUUUCUCUAAUUUUAACAAAUGUUUAGUUUUUUUUAUCAUGUAUUUAUGGAUUGUGGCCAACUUAAAAAAAUAUAAAUACUUUAUAAAAUAUUUUAUAAAAAUAAAAUAAAAUAAAAACAUAAUAAUAUAAAAUAUAAUAAAAAUAAAAUUAUUAUAAACAAUAAUUUGACAUAUUUGUUUCAAUUUUUUUUCAUAAUUUUGAAAUAUUUCCUUUAUUAUAAUUUACCAUCAUGUUAUUUUAUUUAUUAUCCUUUAUAAGUCAUGACCGACCAACGUGAAUGAGAUGCGUUUUCUGGGAAAAAAAAGAAAGACCAAAUUUGGGAGGAAAUAAUAAAAAUAACAAUUAUGGAUUAAAAUUUUUUUGGUUAUUUUUUAUAUUUUUUGAUAGUUUAUCAUGAAUUUAUAAAUUAUUACAGAAUUAGGGUGAAUGAGAUGUAAAAUUAAAAAAAUAUAUUUCAAAAUACAGUAUUUUUAAUUUUUUUCUAAUAUGUGUUUUAUUGUCAUUGUCAAAAAAAUGUGGGAAAAAGGUUGAAGUUAAUAAUAAUAAUUUAUAAUUAAUUCAUAAUUAAAUUUUUAUAUAUAUUAUAAACAAAUUUGUAAUUAAAUUCAUAAUUCAAAUAAAUAAUUAAUAAUGGCAAAGCUGAAAUGCAGCUUUUCAAUGAAAGAUAUCCAACUUCUUCACAAACACAGUCUAAAACUAAAGGGGUUAUUUAGUUUGUUAUUUUGACUGACAAAUUUUAUGUUAUUGUUUGAUAAAUAAAUGGCACGUGACCCAAAGUAUGAGUGGAUUAUUUUCACCAAAUAAUGGAUGACUACUUUUUUUAAAUUUGUUAUUUUUUUUAAACUUCAGGACCGACUCUAUCCACUUCUGAUGGACACACACAGUUUAAAACUAAAAGGUUUGUUAUUAGUUUGUUAUUUUGACUGACAAAUUUCAUGUUAUUGUUUGAUAAAUAAAUGGCACGUGACCCAAAGUAUGUGAGUGGAUUAUU